AUGGAGUUGGAAAUUGUCUCUGGCUCUGUUCCAAGUCCCAGAUCUAAAACUACUGUUGCUGGAUCUGUAACAGAUGCUCACUCCAACUCUACUGUGAAUCUUACUGUCUUGCCACCCAAGACUAGCUCUCCUUUGCAAACCAACAAAGCCAUCUCACCUUCUCACUUAUCCACUGCCAACCCGUCCAAUCACCACCAUUCAAAUGCGACAGAUACAAAUCGUGUAUCUGCCACUUUACCUCCAAACCCUGUAACCGCUGAACCCAAUCCCGCCUCAGCACCUACUCAAUCUGGUACUCAACCCAAGGCCCAUUCCUUUCCAACUCUUGUUGAAAAAAUCCGUAGGUUUGAAGAUAAAUCCUUGAAACGAUUAGCACCUGCUACCACCUCAGCUACAGGUAGACCAACGGUACUAAUCCCUGAUGAAGUCUUUCAGAAAGGAGCCGCAUUGCACAAGGACUUCAUUGUUUGUAUUUUCAAUGGUCGACCUCCGCCCUACAGUCAAAUCCAAAGUGUGUUAAACCACAUGUGGGGCAAAGGUACUAGACUGGAAAUACAUAACAACCCGGCCUCCCGCAGUCUCCUAGUUCGCAUCACUAGUGACUACUUGAAGGAAAAAAUAUUGGAAAAAGGCUACUGGUAUGUAGGAGAUUCGAUGUUCCAUACCGAGCAGUGGACAUCAACUCACUCAACUAAAGCUCCCUCCUUCAAGUCGAUCCAGAUAUGGGCUCACUUAACUGGCAUUCCACUGGAUCUUAGGCAUCAGGAUGGGCUCAGUUUGGUUGAAGUGGAUUUAACCAAGGCCUUACCUGACGUUGUUGAAUUCACUCGGCAAUCAGGGGAGGUUGUUGAAGUCACUGUCUCCUACCCUUGGCUUCCUCCAACCUGUUCCCAUUGCAAGGAGAUGGGUCAUAUAACCAAAAACUGCCUCCUAAUCCCUUUACCACAAAAAAACCCUCCAAUCAUUCCUCCUUCCAAAACUCCAUCCAAGACUUCUACCUCCAAAACACCAGCCAAAAAUCCCUCAAAAACACCAUCUGUUCCUUAUUAUCGCCCAAAAACCAUCCCAAUAAAAGUUACUGGAGAUGCAACUGGAGUGGAUUCUCCUGGCUUUACUCCCUUGGCUCCCUUUGCAGACCUACUCUCUCCAUCUCUAACCGUUCCUCCACCAACGUUACCCUCUACCUCUUCCUCCCCCGCUGAACUAGACCCACCUCUUUCCUUAAAUAAUACUUUUGCAACUAACCAUGCCUCCGACGAGGAUGGUAGAAUAGUCGUUAUUUGGAAAGAUGAUGUCCGUGUCAGGAUACUGCAUCAAUCAAGGCAAACUCUUACCUGUGAAGUCACGCUCCCAGCUACCCCUCCCUUCAACUUCACGGCAGUUUAUGCCUCAAACUUAAGAGCAGAGAGGAUUGAUCUGUGGGUGGAGCUCCUGUACAUUUGGCAAUCUCAUCAGCUACACCUGCAGCCUUGGAUCCUUGGAGGUGACUUCAAUGAGAUUCUUAACCCUUCGGAACACUCCCUCUCUGAAGUAAGUGUCACUACUCCACAGAUGCAAGAAUUUAAAGAUUGUUUGACGCAGAUGGAAGUCUUUGAUCUUCGCUUCCAAGGACCGCUGUACUCUUGGAGUAACCACUGCCCUGAGAGCCCAAUAGCCAAAAAGCUAGACCGUCUGCUAGUAAACUCCAACGUCAUCUCUGCCUUCCCCAACUGUUCUGCGACAUUCCACCCUCCUCUCUUCUCUGACCAUAGCCCUUGUGUUCUAGACCUAGCUCACCCCUUCCCCCUUGCUGGUACCAAACCCUUCCGUUUCUUCAAUUACCUCACCCGCCACCCCUCUUAUCACCAACUGGUAAAUGAGACAUGGAGUCUGGCCGGAAGCUUGGCACUUAAUCUCACUAAACUGAGCUGGAAGCAAAAGAGUGUAAAGGGAGUGUUAAAACAACUGAAUAGAGAAAGUUACUCUAAUAUUCAAGUGAGAGUUUUAGAAGCUAACAGUUUGUUACAGUCUGUGCAGGUGCAAGCUCUCAACGAUCCUUCCACUACUACCUUUGAAGAAGAACGACGAGUGCAUGAGAACUGGGUGUUCUUGAGGGACAUUGAAGAAAGUUACUUCAGGCAGAAAUCGAGGAUCAACUGGCUGUUAGAAGGGGAUCAGAAUACUGCCUAUUUCUUCAGGAUUUUCCAGACUCGGUGCAGCUACAACUCCAUUCGUUCGUUUGUUCUGACGUCAGGAGUUAUCCUCUCGGACCCACACCUGAUGAGCCUUCACGCUAUAUCGUAUUUUCGCAACAUCCUAGGUCCUGAUGUUCUGGUUGUGCCGCAGCUCCACUCCUCUCCAGCUUGGUUUGGGUUGCUUUUAUCUUUUACUCCUCCUUCAGCACUGCUGCCUGCCCUUACUGCCUUGCCGACUUAUGAAGAGAUUACCACCCUCAUGUUUAAGCUGAACCCAAAUAAGGCUCCUGGCCCCGAUGGUCUAACCUCAGCAUUCUACAAGUCUUCUUGGAGCUUCCUCGGUCAGGAAGUUGUAGAGGCGGUAUCGCAUUUCUUCCGUCACUCUUUCAUGCCCUCUUCCACCAACUCAUCUAUUCUGACCCUUGUCCCAAAAUUUCCUGGAGCUUCCCUUAUCUCUGAGUACCGACCAGUCAGCUGUCUUAAUACCUUGUACAAAGUAGUCGCAAGACUACUAGUCAGGCGUCUUAAGCCCAUCCUCCCUACUCUGAUUGUUCCAAACCAAACAGCGUUCGUAAAAGAUAGACUGAUUGUGGAAAACACUACCUUGGCGGGGGAACUUGUGAAUGGAUACCAUAGGAGACAGGGACCGAAAAGAAUCACCAUUAAGGUGGAUAUAGCAAAGGCUUUUGACACAAUCUCCUGGGAGUUUCUCUUCAACUGCCUUCACGGAUUACACCUGCCUCCUCUCCUCAUUGACUGGCUGAAAGCAUGCGUGUGUUCCACAAACUUCACUGUUGGGUAUAAUGGGAUGGUUCAUGGAUACUUCAAAGGGAGCCGCGGACUGCGUCAAGGAGAUCCCCUUUCCCCGUAUUUGUUUGUUAUUGCAAUGAAUGUCCUUUCCGUUAUGCUCAACCGUGCAGCCUCAGAGCUAAAGAUCAAAUAUCACCAGAGAUGUUCCUCUUCAAGACUCACCCAUUUAUGUUUCGCGGAUGACCUUCUGAUCUUUACUGACGGAUCUAUAGACUCUGUACAGAAUGUCCUCCAGGUCCUAAAGGAAUUUGAGCUUCGUUCUGGUCUUGCGGUUAGUAUACAAAAGAGCUCCUUCUUUGCGUCUGGCCUAUCUCAGCAGGAAUUGGACACCAUCAAAGCUUCUACAGGCAUGCCGAAUGGGAUCCUACCUGUCCGUUAUCUUGGAGUCCCGUUGUGCACAAAGAAGCUCACACUAGCUAACUGCGAGAUCCUGAUACAGCAAGUAAAAGCUAAGUUUAACUCCUGGACGGUCAAGACACUCUCCUUUGCGGGACGGCUACUCUUAAUUAAAACGGUUAUUGCUGGGAUCACAAACUUUUGGUGUUCAAACUUUCUGCUUCCUAAGACUUGCAUUGCGCGAAUCAACUCUCUAUGUGGCAUGUUCUUAUGGAAGGGAUCUAUUGAAGGGCAUCACACUGCAAAAGUAUCAUGGGAAGUGGUUACUAGGAGCAAAGACGCUGGAGGACUAGGAAUCAAGGACUUAGGCGCUUGGAAUCGGGCCUGCUGUAUCAAGUUAAUUUGGAUGCUGUUCUUUCAAGGUGGGUCAGUGUGGGUGGCUUGGUUCACUUCAGAGGUGCUACAAGGUUCGCUAUCUAACUACUGGACUGUGAAAACCAGUGUUAAUAAUUCUUGGCUAGCAAAUAAACUAAUCAAGAUGCGUGGAGAAGUGUAUACCUGGAUCAAAAUGCGUGUAGGCAAUGGAGCAACUUGUCGCUUCUGGACAGACCACUGGUCCCCCUUUGGAUCAUUACAAGACUACUUCUCACAAGACAGGGCUUCAAGACAGGGUAUCCCCCUUGAUGUUACUCUAUCAGAUCUCUAUAGGUCUGAAACCUGGGUACUUCCAAGAGCUCGAUCUGAAGCGAUGGUGCAGGUGCAAACAUUCCUAACAACACUGGUGCUGCACGAAGGGAUGGAGGACAGCUAUGAGUGGAUUGUCAAUGGAGUGAGGUCUAAGAGAUAUAAAACUGCACAGAUAUAUUGGGAGAUUAAAGGAGCAGAAGCACAGAAUCUGGUCGGAGAUUUCUCGGAGGUGCUCGACUACGCCCUCCCGAUCAUGGCAGGAUACGGUAACUCAAAUGUCGGCUUUAUCAAGGAACAGACAUGCCAAGCGCCUCAUCUUAUUAUGCUGGCAGGCUGUGAUCUACCUAUUAUGGCGAGAGAGAAAUCAACGAUUGCACAAUCAGCGCUUUCUCACAGAGAAUGA